AUGCGGGACCGGAUCAUAAAUCACAGCUCUCACCGUUCUCGGGGUCAAGGCCCGACAAGUAGAGGAGCUCCGUCAAGCUCCUCAAGUGCGACACCGGCUCCCACGCCAUUCGAAAUAGAGCGCCUCGAGAAUAACGCAAAACGUCUUCAGCGACAGAACACUGGCAUUGACACAGAUGGAAAGACAUAUAGACUUGUCGAGAACAAAAAUCAAAUUCGAUUACGAGAAAAUUCUAAGUUUGAAAAGGAGGAAGAGAUCGAAACUCUCGAUUCUAUUUCUGAUCAUUCUGAAUCAAAAUCAAAGUCUUGGACGGUAGCUACUGUACCAGCAUCAAAUCCGUUCACAACCGCCUGCCUCAUUGGUGUAGCAUCAAAUCCUUUCCAGGCUGUGCAAAAACCGAAUAAUUUCGGCACCCCUUCUGUUUCAGUCUUCAACGGUCCUGGUAUAAAUAAAGUAAACUCAAUGCUAUGUUCUAAUAUUUCUGGAAUAGCAUCGGGUAAUGAUCAAAUAACACAUAAUCCAUUCGCCGGCCAAAAAGGCACGACUCUCAGCACGCAUGCUGACGCCCCAAAGUUUGAGAUUCUUCCUCAAACAACUACGAAUCACAAUAGUCUAUUCAAUUUCAAUUCACCAGCACCUACUAACCAAAAAAAAGUUAUCGAAGCUAGUCCAUAUAUCUCUGAAAAGCAGUCAAGUUUUGCUCAGAAAAUCGAAGACCAACUUCAUCUCGACGGAAUAGUGUCGCCUUCUAUUUCCUCGCUCGAUUAUGAUAAGAAACAAGUAGAUUUCAUCCAGUCCGCAGCCGAACUACGAAAAGAAUUUUUAAAGUAUAGGGACAAGGUUCGAAUUUCUCUCAUCAAAGCCAAUCUUCUAGACGACCCAAAUGUUCCGAAGAAACUAGAGGAUGCGAUUGACUUCAAGGGAACAUGUAGUGAGAUGUGUCCUGAAUUCGAGUGCAUUACGAGGAUAAUUGAUCGACGAUACGACAAAACCGAGAAGGAUGUUCAACCUGAUGGCUCUUACUCUCAUCAACCCAACCCGGGUAAGAUGGUCAAAGCCCUUGCUAGGUCAGCUGCAGGUCAAGAUGCCCCCCUACCUAGUGAUAUCAGAACGCCUGCAGCUCUACGGAAAACUGUCGAUUACUUAUUUAAUGAUAUAUUGGGUGAAAGGGAAUUGGACACAAUUCAUGGAUUUCUUUGGGAUAGAACUCGAGCAAUUCGUCGAGACUUUGUAUUUCACUCUACUCUGACAUCGCUUGAACUCGUGGAUCAAGUUUAUUGCCUUGAGCGGAUAACACGAUUUCACGUUAUUUCGCUGCACCAAAUGUCGAAAGAUGGUAUUUCUGCGGAGGGAUUUUCGGAUCAGCAAGAGCGUGAACAAUUGUCAAAAUCGUUGCUAUCUCUCAUACACGCUUAUGAAGAUUGCAAAUUACAAGGUGUUGAUUGUGAAAAUGAAAUUGAGUUCAAAGCAUAUUAUAUCUUAUUCAAUGGAGAAAUUCCAGGAAUAAUGGAAACAGUACAAAACUGGGGAUGGGAUUUAUGGGGAAGCUCUGAAUUGAUAAGGAUUGCAGUCAGUCUUUCAGAAUCAUUACAGAACACAUGGGAUAUUCACGGCCCUCUUUAUCCUGCAUCGACAACAGAAGUUGGCCAAAACGCGUAUUCCAAGUUCUUCUCUAUUAUCGAAAGUUCAAAUGUUUCUUAUACCAUGGCUUGCUUCGCUGAGAUAUACUUCAACAAAAUUCGAAAAGCCAUACUAAGUACGAUUCUCACCUCAUACCGAAAACAACGUGGACAAACAAAAGACUGGACCCCUAGAAAGUUGAAUAAAUUUCUGCGAUUCGACAAAGAGAUUGAAAUUGAGCCAUUUGUUGAACUAUAUGGCCUACACUUCGCAGAAACCGAUGGCGAAUGGUGCUUAUCAUAUGACGCAGCCAAUCAUAUCGAAGAUCCUCAUCCAUUACCUAAGCAACCUCAUUCACUCCACCUAGUAGAAAGAAAGCGUGGUAAUCGGAGCUUAUCUGAAGCAAUUCAUACCAAUUUAUUUGAGGAUGUCGCAUCAAGAGACCAAUUUAAACCACAAAGAUUUAAUUCAGAAGAAAGUAUCAGUAGCAUACGUUCUACUGAACAGAAGCUCAAAAUUGAUAACCAAUCACAGGCCGAUGAUAAAAUUGCGCUUGAUCGCUCGUCUUGCAUUACUGAUGAUGGUGAAACUUCAUCAACUAGGGAAUUCGAAAACGAAACAUCCCGCGUCAAUUUAAUUCCUCCAUCUAAACUUUUUCCUCAACCAACAUCUUCCCAUUCAAAUUCAAAUUUAACCUUGACAAGCCCAAAAGGAAAUUUUAAAUGGCCGUCCAGCUCAGCCUUAUUUACCAAAAAUCUUUCAACUACGACAUUUACACAGCCCUUACUAGUCAAUAAUCAGGUAUCUAGCAGAUUAGAUUCCACUAAAAAUGAUUCUCAGCUCAUCACUAACAUACAGCCUCCGUCACAAACCUUUAACUUCAACGCUAACUUGAGCGAGCUAAAGCCCUCUGAAUUAUUGAACAUCUCUGCUACCCCAGAGAAUACGCCUCUUCAAUCAACAGCCACCGCUUCCCCAUUCCAAGAACAGCAACCUGAUAGACCCUCAACCCACACUAAUUUAACAGUGAAAGAACAACCAGGAAUUGGCAAGCAACAACAGGCAACGACACUGGACACCUUACAACCACCAGAAAUAAACGCAAAUACUCUAGUACGAAGCAGUGCGUUGAUGCCUUCGGAUAUCAACUUGCCAAGUUUGCCAGAGCUAAACACAGGACCAAUCUCGCUAAUUCACGACCAAAAAAGGGAAAUUGAAGCUCCUGAAAAGAACUCGAUAUUGUCUCAUCAAAAACAAUCACGCCUCGAUUCCCUAGCAGAGUGGGUCCUCCUCGGCGACGAUGGUCUCCUUGAGCAUUUCUCCGAAACAAUAGCUAAAAAAGUGGUUCAUGAUACUUUCACUACCUUUAUUAAUGAUCUACAAAAUGAAUAUCAAGAAAAGAUUGAUAAACAGUCCCUUCUCGAAGCUGGUCGAUUUCGUCGGCGAAACUUGGCGAUCAAAUAUGGAUAUUUUUGGCUUGAUCAGGCACGAAAGUUGAGGGUUAAAAGAAGGGGAAGAGAAGCUCGCAAGGCUCGAAUAGAAAUGGCAAAAAAAUCAAAAGAGGAAAAAGAAGUCCAAAUCUCUACAAUCGUCAGGCGACGGCGUAGGGAUAGUCUUGAGAGUGCACUCGAUACAAAUAGGGAACUAAGUCCCUUUCACAAUAUCAAUAAUAAGCCUCGGUCUUUAACAAUGUCUGAUGAGCUAAAGCAUAAACGACAGUGUUCAGAACGAUCAGAUAUAACUUUCGACACUACUUAUUCAAACUCAAAUAUUUUUCCUACAAGUAAGGCUGAAAAUCCUUCAAGGUGCUCUCUCUUGUCCGAUCCUUCAUAUUUAUCGGGUGGAUCAAGAAUACAUCUCCAGUGUGGAAAAAGCAACGAAGAAAAACGAAAGCAGAUUAGUGGGGUCCAAACUGAUUAUUUUCGACUCAAGGCUAGAGGUAUUAUGACCCUCCCUAACGGAAGGCCACUCGCGAAUAUGGCCGCCAGACAUAUAUUCCAGCAUCAAAGUUUCGACAAUCUCAACUGUUCUAUUAAGAACGUAUCUUGCCAACCAAGUUCAGGCUCGGAUCCGGACCUAAACCUACCGGACGUGCAAUCACAACACGAAGAAUUCUCUGACACAUACAGUGAUGACAUAGAUUUACUAAAGCUAGAAGCAAAGACGUCGGUAAAGGAAAGGCCUUCCAAAAAAAAUCCGUCACGUACAGUCGACGAUGGCGAAUUAUUUGACCGAGCAAGAAAGAUUAGGAAAAAAAUGGACGAAGGUGCUGAUUGGUUUCGGAAUGAAGUUGAGCGUAGAACAAACGGUUACCGAUGA